AUGGAGGUGCCGGGUUCAUCAAAGAAGAUGAUAGCUACACAGGAAGAGAUGGUGGAGGCCAAGGUGCCAAUACCAUACAGAGACCAAUGCGCCCAUUUGCUGAUCCCACUGAACAAGUGCAGGCAGGCCGAGUUCUAUUUGCCCUGGAAGUGUGAGGCGGAGCGCCACACAUAUGAGAAAAAGGCCAGUUGCCCAUUCCGCUCAUCCCUAAAACAGCCGAUGCUUGACUAUGAAAGGAAAAAGCUAAACUGUGGGGAGUGGCAGUCAUGGAGGACUUAUUUGAAAUUGUUUUGGUGUUAUGUAAACAUGAUACUAACUGCAAUGUGUUUCAUCUGGUAA